GUCAGCCAUCGCUGGUGGGGGCGUCGUCGGGGUCGUCGUCGUCGGGAAUGGUGAGGCGAGGGCCGCAGAAGGACCACGAGGAGGCGGACGGGCGAAUUGGAGCAGCAGCAGCAGCAGCAGCAGCAGAGGAGCAUCGGCAGGAGGAGGAGAAGGAGGAGGAGGAAGAGGAGCGAGGGGCGAGGCGAAGAGUGUUGACCCCGAGGCCGAAGACGACGGUGGGAAAAGAUGCCAGAGGGGAGACGCGAGCGCUGUGAGACGGGGAGGGAGAGGGAGAUGAGGGGAGUGGGCGGAUGAUGGAAAGAAGAAGAAGCCGGGAACGGGAGGUGGGGGGCAGGAUGGUGGCGCAGCAGGUCCUGCUGGUCGAGAUACGAUGGAUGAUGUGAUGGCUGGCUCUAGAUGAGGCCGACGGGGACUGAAUGCCCCGUCGAAUGCUUUGCGUGGCGUCGGUGCGACGAGCCAGGGUCCGAUGGCAUGCGGAGGGGAUUUGAGGGUGUUACAUAAGCGCAAGGGAUUCGAUGACACGGUCUCCAGGCCUUGACUCUCUCGCGGCGGUCGUCGUAGAUUCGUGCCCGGAUUCUGGUGCAGGUCGAGGAAUUGUAGCUGACCUUUAGGUAGCCUGACUGCGACGCUUGCCCAUGGCGCGGUGGAGGAAUGUCUCUCGGAGCGAUGGCAGGCGUGGCUUUCAGAUUUGGAGCGCGGAGCCUGCAGGGGUAUCUUGGAUGGAUGUGAUUUGGUAGUCUCAUGUCAGUCAAUGCUGGGUUCAGGUUCUUGAGGAUCAGGUGACAGGGACAGGAACAGGGUAGUCUGAUCGCGGCAGGAGGGGAACGUGGCUUCGAUUUGUCGCCUCAGAGCUUUUUUGUGGUUCUGGCUGCGGGCAGCGGAAGUUGAAGAUUUGCGGCAGAGCUAGGAAACUGGUGUCGAAUUGGUUAGCGAGAUGCCAGUUGGCUAGAGGAUCCGAAUUGAGAGAGGAGCCAUGGAUGAGAUAUGGAAUUUGAAGGGCUUGAACAGGCAUGCUUCUCAGCCGAGCCCUCUGUCCGGCUCACUCAAUCAGUUUGAGAUGAGCUCCGGGCAAUAUAGCCAUCCAUAUGUCUCACAGGAGGUGUGCGUCAUUGAGCGCACCAUUAGACAAGAGCCUCUCGCUGCGAACGUACUCAAUUUUGGUUUGCAGCAGAAUUCGGGUAUCAAAUCAGUUAGAGGAGACGUGAACAAUUCCUUACUGGCACUCAUUCCUAGCUCUCAACAACAACUUCGUUCGAGUUAUCAGCCUGUUGCGAAUUCUAGGGCGCUGUUUUCUUCAGGAAAUGCCCCAUCUUAUCACAUGGGUUCGGUUCCAGGUCCCGGGUUGGGAAACUGGACUGGGCAUCUUUCGGCAUUACCCUCAGGUAGCCGUGGAAGUAACGGAGGUUCGGGCGCUGGAGUUGAGAGUUCUUUGAACCUGAUUGGGCGUGAAUCGAACCUGUCGAUGCUGGGACGUGAGGUCAACAUGUCUCAGUACUCCAGAAUGGGCACAGGGCAAGACUGUUUCGAUUCAAGUGUUCUUAGAACAUCAGGGAUGGAGGUGAUGAAGCAGAACAUUGUCUCUCACAAUUCAACAGACGGAAGUGGACAAGGUCCUUUUCCUCAGUGGCUUACGGAGAUUGUCAACAGACGAAGCCGAGGUCAAAACCCACCAAUUUUGAGCACGGGAGACAGCUAUAUGAGAAAUUCAGAGGUGUCUCGAGACAUCGGGGGAAGCUACUCCAGGGCUUCUGAGCCUUCUCUUGAUGUUGGUGGAAGCUACCUUAGGAAUGUAGAUGCAUCGCGCGAUGUCGGUGGAGGCUACUCCAGAACCAGUGUGGAAGCUGGUCGUGAGGUUGGUGGAAGCUAUUCGAGAACUGCGGAGGCUUCUCGUGACGCUGCGAUCAAUUUUUCAAGAAGUUUAGAAGCAUCACGCGAUAUAAGUAAUGGCAUGAGCAAUAACAUUUCGUCUCAAUCUUCAUCAUCAACAAGAGGACUUCGGGUUUAUUGUACGAAUUAUGACACAGGUCACAGAGUGGGAGGGGAGCUUUGUUUGUCUGAUUCAGGUCGGCUGGGGGUGCUUUGUUCCUGCCAUAAUUUCCAAAUGUCUGUCGCCAAAUUCACUCAGCAUGCUGGUAUCUUCAACGCAAACCCUGGUAACGUUGUCGUGAUGGACGGUGGGGAGUGUCUUAUACAAUGGAGGAAGAUCUUUUUUGCUAAAUAUGGGGUGAAAGUUCCCGAAGACAAUAUGGGAUGGGAUUGGAAUGAGGGUGAAGGGAACGAGUCGGGGCCAUCAAAGUAUAAAGCAUUUGUCACGCAGAGCUGGCAAAAAGAGCUUGAUGUAACGUACGGAGAUCAUGUGCUGAAAAGUAGACUUACACAAGUGUGGGAUGCUUCUCUAUCUCCCGGGCCUUCAGGGAAUCUUCCCUCUGCCCAAAAUCUCUCGAGUAUGGCACUGCGACCUAACUCAGGUCAGGGCACUCUGCAAAACUCAAGAGAAGCUUUGUUGAAGAGUUUUGGAAGAACAUUUAGAAAUACUCCUAUGGAGUUUGGAGGUGAUCAGUCAGCUGUCGGGAACCUUCAAGAUAAUGCGGGAAGGAGUCAAGCUGCACCUCGAGUUCAAUCUUUUCGAAACUCCUCGCAGAUGGGAGCCGCUCCGUCUGGGGAAUUCUUCAACUUUAUUAGUCAUGGAACUCAGCAACAGUACGUAUCUGCAGUAGAACGCCAGGUUGCCGUGGAGCGACAGGUCGCUGUGAACAGCAGGAGCCUGUUGAAAGGAAUGGACUUGUCCUGGAACGAUGGAAGGGAGCCAAUGCAGCAAGAAAAGGACAGUUCGUUGUCUAGUUUUGAGCUGAGGUUAGGUCAACCCUCGCAGCAAGCUCAACCUGCUGGUGCAUCUUACACAUCACAGUUGGGGCCUCCCAUACAGGGUUCUCAGUUCGAGAUAUUUGAGAACAUAAUGCAGAAAGUGAUGGAAGGUAAGAGACAACAAGACAUGCAGAACAAUAGCACCAGUGGAAUGGGACAAUUUCCGGGUCACGUGAGUCAUCAUCAACCAGAUUUUGGGAGAGUAGGGGUUGUGGAUACCACUCGUCUCGAAACAUCUAGAGUCGACACCACCAGAGGUCUUGAAGGCAAUGGAUCAUUAUUGUUUGAUCAUCUUCCGUUCAAAAAAAUGGAGGACGCACCAUACAGCAGGUUUCCUGAGGAUAUGAGAGAAAGAGAUAGAAUCAUGAGUCGAGAAUCUGGCCCUCUUACUACUGCAGGACUUAGUAGGUGGCCGACUUGUGGUACUGGUGGAAACACUUUGAAGCAUGGAGAACGGUUCCUCUUUAACUCUGAUCAUUCAUCUAAACCAUGGGAAAAUGAUAUUCAGCGGCAAGUCGUUCUUCCGAACAUUGACAAUAGAUCAACUCCUCACGGCCGACCCGAUUUGGAUCCUUUUCUGACUCAGGAUUGGACGUCUAAAAGCAGACAUUCUCGAAUGGAAGCGAAUGAGUCACCCAGUGAGAUUGAAGUCUUGCGAGAUGCCAAAGCCAGUGGCACUGAAACUUUGACGCAUAGUCAAGCCGAUUGUCAACCAUGUAGCAAAGAAAAUGGUCCUGAAGACAAAGAGCAGCUGCCAUUCAACAACAUGGAGACGUGCAAAGGUACAAAGGACGGGUCGAGAUGCCCAUGCUGCAACAGUGACAAGUCGACAUGUUCGAAAGUGAAAGGAAGAAUGAUUCCAAAGCCCUCGGAACAAGUGGAUCUUUGCUCGAAGGAAGCCGAUGAUGACACGCAGAUUACAGGUUUCAGACAGAGAAUUAGCCGUGAUACGACGAGUCAUGAGUGUGCCUCUCCAAAGGUACGACGACUACGUUCGUUUGAAGCUCUCACUUCUCAGGGCUGUUCAUGUGGUGGAAGCAGCGUUGAUGAACAUCCAAAUCAAGCCUCGACAGUUGCUGCUCUGGCAGGAAGUUCUCCUGCACUUGGUUCUGUAGGAGAAAAUGAAACUUGUGUUGAGAAGAGUUUUACGCACCCGGAAAAGGCAGGAGCAAAGUCAGAGUUAAGGGAGCCCACGGAAGGAUUUCCUUGGAAAGAGAUGAGCACUAUCUUUGUGCCUGGGAAUGAAACUAUAGUGGAUGCUACAGGUGAUGAUUUGUUGCCACCGCGGGCUCGUUUAGAGGAAGACUUACUAGCUGACACAGCAGCCAAAGGUAGUUCUGCAGCAGGUGGGGUCAGGUCUGGGGUUUCUCAAGAGCAGCAGCCUGUUUCAGAUGUUUGUUCGAAAAGUUCCGAGAAUGCCAUGAGCGGAUUCUCGGAGGGUGUUGUCGGUGAAGAAGAUUCACAUGCUCAGUCUGUUGAUAAACACCCUGGCAGUGAGGUUGUCGAUGAGGGAUCUGGGAUAGGCAAGUCCUGCUCUUCAGAUGGAGUUGACAUGGGCUUGGCGCCGAAAGUUACAUCUUCAAAAGGUUUGGAGAUGCAAAAGCACGAGUCUCCGUCUUCGCAAGGGGGUCCUUCCUCUAGCAAUGCUGAUGGUGGUCCUGCAUCUGAAGUUGGAACCAAGUCAAGAGGUGGGCAGUCUUCGAAAGAACAGUCAGCUUUGCGUUCGGAGGAGUACGUUCAUGUUGAGGCAGGUAAGGUUGAGAAGAGGAGGAGACAAACGUUGAAGCGGAAGCGGGUGCAACUAUUAAAUGCAGUGGAGACUGAGAGGCAGGACACAUCUGGAGUUGCAUUACAGGAAGAACUCAACUCCACGCCAAGGGCAGGGCAAGUAGCCGAGAGUUCCAAGCGCUUGGCAAAUAGAAACGGAAUAGUUGACCUUUUGUCCACUCCAACCGCAAGAGUUUCUACCAAAGGUAGGAAGCUUGUAGUUACUCAAGGUAACCGGGCAAUUGUGUUAGCAGAAUCGGGGAAGGAACCCAACGGUGACAUAAGCUUGGAAGCUUUGACUUCUGAUGAGAAAUUCAUUGAAAAGGAAGGUGAAACUCUCAUCAUACGUGUGCCUCAAGGUAUAAACCGCAAAAAGGCUAAAAGAAGUGGACGGAGCAAGUUUGAGAAGAAAAGCUUAGCAGCUCCGAUCCCUGAAUUUCGAAGUAUCAGAAAAGAAAGUCCAGAGUUGGUAACGGUAGAGGCCUCUACAGUAGACAAUUCGAGUUUCAGAGGGUCAGGGGUUACGGGAAGUUUUGUUCCUGAAUCUGCAGCUGUAUCCAAUGUGUCUCCCGUAGAACAAAUGCCAACGCCUAAUGUUCGACCCAUAAGACUUGGGCGGGUCCUUCUUGGGUGCCCUAGCCCUCGAAGUGCCACUCGGACUGCAUCAUUAAAUGAUAUCAUGAGAAUGCCUGAGGUUCAAACUAAGAACAGGAGGCAGUGGACAGCAGCAGCUUUGAUAGAUGGUUUGCAGGAGUCGACUGUUGAGGAUGAGUCAAAUAGGGCGGAUGAACACAAAAUUUCCAAGGAGAGUGAAGAAGGUGACCACAGGGCCUCUAGGGAUGGUCACAAAGCUUCAUACAAAGAUAGACACAAGUCUCUAUCAUUGAAAUACGGAGAAAAUGCUUCAUCUUCCAAAGAGGAACACACAGGCAUUCUUCAAAAGGAGGGUCCAAGGGUUUUGAAGUCAAAGCAUGCGUUACGAGUACCAUUAGGUUCCAAGGAUGGGUUGAAAGCAACGGGUCUCAAGGAGCAAUUACUCAUUGAUAGUUCCAAGGAUGCAUCUCUGAAAGAUGAUUUGAAGCCCACACCUUUGGGGACCAAACAUGUUACUGCUUCGCCCCAACUACGUUUCUCAGGCUUGAAAGGAUCAGCACCGAAGAAAGCACUAAAGGCAGUACUUGCUCAUACUACAGUUCCAGUAUCAGUUCCCAAGGUGAUUACGAAGUUGCCUUUACCCAAGAUACCUGCCAAAGUUGCGGCCAUUCGAAGCGUUUCGAAAGGUCCUACCAUAAGUGCGGUGUCUCAACCAGUUUCUAGAGACGUCUCGAAAGAAUCAAUGGUCGAGGAAGGUGCCAAAUCUUCAUCAGAGGAUGACAUGAUAGUUGCUGCCCCAUUUGACAGGUCCAAAGUUUUCCUCAAAGCAAGUGCCGAAGGUAAAGCACUCAGGAAACCUGAGUUUGCGAACCCUGCAAUCACUAUGCCAACGGAUGAUCGAAAUAAGGAGGUUUCUUUUCCUGUUAAGUCCGUAAAGGAAUCGAUGAAGGUCCUAAAACCCAGUAAGCCAGAAGGUCCUAAAAUUCGUAGUUUGUAUGAACUGACUGCUCCGAGAAAGCUGCCUGGAUCAGGUGGUGGAGUUUUUGAGUUUCAUGACGAGGUUACGGAUUCACCUGGAGUCUCGAAGCAGGACUCAAGUGGAAGACAAACAGAUGGAGCCUUUUCUGUUCCCGUCCACUUGAGUGAGAGUAAAUCUCUGAUAACUCGUGGUGAGAGAUCCCCAAGGACGAAAUUUUCCAACAAGAAAAGCAUUUUUCAGCAGAGCAAGGCAGACGGGCUUCUAGGAGGAAGUAGACUGGGAGCAGGAGAAGUGGAAAUUGUUGUUGGGAACAGCGUGUUGGAAGCCGCUGAAGCAAACACUCUCAUUCCAAAAGAGAUAGAUGACUCUAUCAGAGGGAAGCCGCGACCUUUGAUUACCAGAUUGAAGAUCACUAAGAAGCCACUUCACGUACCCGAAAGCAGUGAUGCGGUAUCUCCAGUACCGGAGUCCAGGACUAGCAUGACUCAGGUGAAAGACCGGAGCGAACUCGUAGAUACGGAAAUCACCGAGGAACCAAUCACCACAUCACGGAAGAGAAUAGCUGAACAGUUCGAAGCAUUGAGAAGCAGUAUAACAAAGAAACGGAAAGUUUGUAAAGACUUUAGACCAGUUGGGAGCGGUUCUGGGGUGCUGAAAAUUAGGUCCCCUUUGCCUACUUCGACACCAAUUGUUGUCCCCCCUACCAGUCUUGUAGUUGGAGCGGACUCCGGUGAAGAGGACAGGACAUUGAAGCGUCUUGAACCUGAAGAUGAUUUUAAGCACUCUGGAAAGAAGAAAAGAUGUACAAGAUCUAGACUUCCUGGCAGUCGAGUUGGAGGAGAAGCAGUCGAUUGUCAAGUGUGCGGGAGCUCAACGUCUGAUUUCAUCAACAAGCUUGUUUCCUGUGGACGUUGUCCUGUGAAGGUGCAUCAAGGAUGUUAUGGUGUCAAAAAGAUACCAACUGGCGAUUGGAUCUGCCGGACAUGCAAGGCUGCGCCCACCAAUCCUAUUUGCGUUCUUUGUGGAUAUGGAAGCGGAGCCAUGACUCGAGCACAGAAAGCGAAAAGCUUUAUGAAGGUUCUUGUGAAGGCAUGGCGAGACACAACGAACGUACCCAAAGACACGGGAUAUGGCACAUUGCCUAGAAAUUUUAGAAAUGGCCAUGAUGGUGAAACCUGUGAUGCAAAGCAACAGGCUAACGGUGACAAGUUCGAUUUCUCUGAAAAAACCUGCUCUAGAGCUAAUGAGGAGGACGAAAGAGACACUAAGGAGAAUGGUGAGGGCAAAUCCAUAGUUGCAAUUCAUCCGUGUGGGGAUGACGAGAGACGUGUUACAAGUAAUGGAAGCAACUGGAUUGUUAGCAACACAAUCUCAGCGGGUAUGGUUGAUCCAGCUAUCACCCAGUGGGUGCAUAUGGUGUGCGCUUUGUGGAUGCCAGGAACAAGGUGUCUGAACAUUGGAACUAUGGGUACCUUCGAUGUGUCUGGAGUCACUCAAACGAGAAGAAAAAUGAUAUGUUCCAUGUGUAAAAGGAAGGGCGGCUCAUGUAUUCAGUGUCGAGUUGACAAGUGUACCACGUAUUUUCAUCCUUGGUGUGCUCAUGAAAAGGGUUUAUUACAAAGUGAGAUCGUUGAAGACGGGAGUGAUCAAGUAGGGUUCUUUGGGAAGUGCUUGGUUCACGGAGGUGGGGGACCCGUGAAAAUUCCAGAAGCGACAGUCGUCUCACCUGAAGUUGCCUUACCAGCUGUUGAAAAGGAAUGCAAGUCUGCCCGGACCGAGGGUUACAAGGGGAAGUUAACCCCUGAAGAGAGAGCUUUGCAUAGAAGACAAGCUCAUCACCCAACGGAUUUUGCAGCCGAGCAGGUUAACGCCUGGCUGGCUAUCGUUCAAAGAAAGACAGGAAAAUCACGAAGAUUCAUCAAACCUCCAAAUUCGGAACUAAAGACGGAUCAUAGAGAAUACCUGCGUUUCAAACAAGAACAAGGUUGGCGGCGGCUUGUUGUUUAUAAAUCUCACAUACAUGCUCUUGGUCUGUACACAGCCGAGUUGAUCACCAAAGAUGAGAUGGUGGUAGAGUAUAUCGGAGAAAUCGUUGGACUUCGCGUUGCCGACAAGCGAGAGGCUGAUUAUCAUUCUGGGAAGCUUUUGAUAUCACACCAAGGUGCUUGUUACCUCUUCAGAAUUGACAAAGAGAGGAUAAUCGAUGCUACUCGCAAAGGUGGAAUUGCGCGUUUUGUGAAUCAUUCUUGCUCGCCAAAUUGUGUGGCUAAGGUCAUCUGUGUCAAGAGUCAAAAUAAGGUUGUUUUCUUUGCACAACGAGAUAUUUAUGCUGGUGAGGAGAUCACGUACGAUUACCAGUUCAAUUUUGAGCAGGAAGGAGAUAAGAUCCCGUGUUUUUGUGGCUCAGACAAUUGCAGGGGGACUCUCAAUUGAAGAGUGAGGCAUGGCCUUCUGUUUUUUAGAAUAUUCCAUCUGACAUUUGAAUGGGCAAUUAAGGGCUCAUGAGAUGUCAGAUUGUAAUGUUGAUAGGCUAUAGACUGAGUUAGUCACUAGCCUCACUUGCGGUGAGGCUAGGUGGAAAUAUUUCAUGUCAGGACACCCACAGCGGUUAGUUUUUUCACCAUUGUGUAAAUCUUUGUAUUGCUGCAGUAAAUGGCUGAUACAUCCUUUGCUGGUAUUGUA